AUGAACAACGAAUGGGAGGAUACUGACCCGAACGAUCCAACUUGGGAAGAUGAUGAGGGUUCGUCAGUCUUCAAUCGCUUGCAGAAGAACCAUGAAUACUACAAACCAAGACAACACGUAGGGUACACCGAAGAGGCAGAGCGAGACUUCCGCCUCGCCUAUCGACCAGCUGAAGCUGCGGAACAUUCAAAGUUCAUUCCAAAAAUUGCGCUUGCGCCACUUUCAAGAGAGAAGUUACCUCCGACAGUUGGAAAGUUUAACGGAUUGACUGAUCCCGAUGAUCACGUCAGAAUUUUCACAAGCGUAGGUUGCAUGGGAGGAUGGAACAUGCCCAUGUGGUGCCAUCUAUUUAUUCAAACUCUUACAGGGGCUGCUCGCACCUGGUUCGACAGCCUCCCUCCGGGAAAGAUCAAAUCAAGGGUGGAUUUCAAGACACAGUUCUUGAGUCACUUCAGUCAACAGAGACGUUACCAGCGCGACACAGCCGAGGUAGAAGACAUCUGGCGCAGAGAUAACGAGGGUUUGGAAGAUUUCAUCACUCGCUUCAACAAGGAGUGCUUGGAAAUCGGUGACGUAAGUGAACAACUCAUGCGUUGCCACUUCAAGAAAGCCAUUCGCUGUGAUAGUCUCAUCAAAACUAUCACCGGGAAAGAUGGAAUGCCCAAAGAAUGGGAUAAACUCAUGGAAGCCGCGAAAAUAGUCGCGCAAACUGAAGAGUCACUCGCCGGAAACAAGAAUUAUUAUACUGAAGACCGAUUCUCCAAGGGAAACUCGCGCGAUCACAACAAGCGCAACAAGUACAAAGGUAACGAUUGGAAAUCCGGAAGAUCAAGGGGCCAUGAAGAGAGGUCGCGCUAUAGAGAAGAUGCGUGCGACACAAUUGAUAGAAUCGGCUAUCGAAAAGCAGUCAGGGAUGAAAACCGAGAAAAGCACUGGACUCCGCUCAUAAAAAAACCAAAAGAGGUGUUGAUGACGGAGAAUCAUGAUUUCAAGGCUCCAAGGCCUAUGACAAAUAAGAAGGGGCAAGACCCCAACCUGUACUGCGACUUCCACAAAGAUACAGGGCACCUGGCAGAUGAAUGCUUCAGUUUACGUCAAGAGACUGAGAGAGCGCUAAAAAGCGGGAAGCUAAGCCACCUGGUGAAAAACGUGCGCAAAGAAACUCGACAGAUUCAACGCCAGGAUGAGGGGAAUCACAAGAUACAGCGCAAAAGAGAAGGGCAAGCGCCCUUAUGA